AUGGAGCAUACUAAGGCUCUUCCCCAGCUAGUCGUUGACAACUAUGCUUAUUGGAAGGUGCGCAUGCGUACUCAUCUCAAAGCUCAAGGUGAAGCAGCAUGGUGUAUCGUUGUAACAGGCUGGGAUCAUCCAACCAAAGCCAGUACUAGUGAGGAUGAAACUCGAGUGACGAAACCUGAAAAUGAAUGGACCCAGGCUGAAAAACGAGUUAUGAUUCAGCUAAAGUCAGAUUUCGAGGAGCUCCGGAUGAAUGAAGAUGAAACCAUCGUGACCUUUCACACUCGUGUGCAAGAGCUAGCAAAUCGAGCAAUGGUCCUCGGAGAACCGUUCAAUCAAGAAAAGUUGGUGAAAAAAAUUCUACGAUCUCUUCCACCUCGAUUUCGGAUGAAAGUUACAGCUAUCCAGGAACAUGACAACUGGGAGAAAAAGACCGUAACACAACUAAUGGGGAAUCUAAGAACUUAUGAGAUGGAAAUCUUAACAGAUCACACAAAAAAACAAGAAACUGUAGCUUUUACUGCUGAAGAAAAUAAUUGUAUACCUGAUUUAGAUGAAAUAGGUGAUGAUCCAGUAUCAAAAGGUUCACGAAACAAGAAUAUGCAAAAGGGAGCGUCAUCAUCUAAAGCGAAUCCUAAAUCAGGAUCGUCAACCUUCAAGCCUUCUGGCUCACGUCCAGGACAGUCCAAAGAGAAACCCAACAUUACCUGGAGUGAUGAUGACUCGGACGGUGAAACAGGAGGAUCUGAUCCAGACGAAAUUUCUGGUAAUUUUGUUGCCUUUACUGCACAUAUGGCUGCUGGACCGUGUCAUGAAGAUGUUGCUGACUCAGAGGGAGGCGAGUAUAUCUCUGCAGAAGAUUUAGAGUCAAGUGAAUCAUCUUUUGAAAUUGAGUUUAAUAAGUUGUAUCCCAAAUGGGCAGCACUAAGCAAAGAAAAUUGUAGAUUAACUAGUGAAAUAGGGAUUGUAACAAAUGCAAAGAAAGUGUAUCAAACUCAAAUAGCCGAUAGGGAUCUGCUUCUUAAAGAGGAAUUGGCCCAAGAAGAAAAACUGAAACAAGAGGAAACAGCUGAAAGGAUAAAACGGUGUUUGUCAAAGCGUCAGGCCCUGGUCGAGGAGAUAUUCCAGAAUCUAGCACAGCGACACAUCGCGUUGGUACAGAUCAAUAUAGAUGAAACUGAGCUUUGGCACCAAAAGCUAGGACAUCUAAGUUACAGACUUCUUGACAAACUUGUGAAGAUUGAAGGCGUUCGUGGAUUACCCAAGCUAAAAGUCAAACCAACUAUCUGUGGUGCCUGUCAAGCAGGAAAGCAAACCAAAUCCUCUCAUCCAGCUCAGCACACCAUAAACACAAGUCACUGCUUGGAACUGAUCUACAUGGAUCUCAUUGGGCCAACUCAAACAGAAAGUGUUGGAGGUAAGAAAUACAGACUAGUUUGCGUUGAUGAUUAUUCUCGUUUUUCUUGGGUUACCUUUCUCAGGGACAAGUCUGAAACCCUCGAAGCCUUCAAAACUCUGGGGUUAAAACUUCAAAAAGAAAGAAAUGAACCCAUCAUUCGAAUCCGAAGUGAUCAUGGACGAGAAUUCGACAACAAUCUGUUCGAUACCUUCUGCAACCAAACAGGAAUCACGCAUGAAUACUCAGCACCGAAAACACCUCAACAAAACGGAGUUGUUGAACGAAAGAACCGCACAAUUCAAGAAAUGGGACGAGUUCUGCUCAAUGCCAAAUGA